AUGGCACCACCAUCAAGCAUAUACAUCAUACCACCUUACUUACUCAGUACUCAUGAAGGCGGUCAAUUGCGAAAAAAGCUAGCUCGCAUAAAUGAACGCUUGAGCGCCUGCAACGUGAUAACUAAAGAUUCCCCAUACUUUUCCAAUAUCCCUCUCGAGACCGAUCUCGAUGAUGAAAAAGGUGAUUUCGCAUUCUCUAAUGACCCUAUACUUCAUUCAAUCAUUAAAGAGAAGGUAUUGUAUAAACUUGCUAUAAUUGGCGUGUUGGGUAAUAACCCCAUGGAGUCAAUUGCGUAUGAGGAUAAAUACGUGCAUGAAAUGUUUAACAUAUUCAAAUCUAGAUUGCUUGAGGCUGAAUCUGGUAACAGCAACGUCAGCGACGAGGGAAAUAGUGACACAUCAAAGGAAAAUGCUUCCAAAAGUCCAUUUUCAAUAUUCAAUUCAACUAGAGUUGGUGAAGUUAAUUUCAGAGGUCUUUGUGACGUCAGCAAUUUAGAUGAAUAUCAGGCAUAUUAUCGAAUGACAUUGAAGGAGCUUUUGAGCUUGGCCAAUAACCAUACCAAGCCAGGUUCUGGACAUUGUCUUAGCUCAAUUCGAUUAGAUAAAAAUACGUACUUUGGAUAUCCACUUCCGAUGUCGUGGGCUCCAUUAAUUCACUCCAAGUAUUGGACAUUUUUAAAAGAGAGGUGUGAUUUGAAGAUAAAUGCCGAUGAUGGCUAUUCAACUAUUACUUUACAUUCAGGCAAGACACUCACACAACCCAACGAUAAGGACUUAAGCAACGCGCGUUUCUAUAACUUUAUCACUGAUCAACCAAUCAUUUCAUCAUUUGGGAUUCUCUACUACGAGUUAGAGAUUGAACAAGUGGCUACAGAAGCUACAAGUUUCAAGACGUUGAUUGCCAUGAAUGAUCCAUCGGUGAGCUCCAAUUCUACAUUGGAAGUACUAGCUGGGUUUACCAAACGUUUUGUCACAUAUGAUGCUAUGAAAUCACCAUCAAAUUCAACAAAUCAGCUGUGCACGAUUGACAUGGAGAAAAUUAAACACGAUGUCCAUCAUAACGAGUCACUGGAAGGAUUCUCAAGUACCGAUUUAAACUUGUUUCUCAAUACGCGGCCAGGUGAGUUUAAGGGAAGUUAUGCUGUUAAUUUUGCAGACUCUAAUUUUUACAACUCUAUUAAAGGUGCAGAAGCAUUGGGGAGGGCCCAAAUCUCAAACAUGAAUAGACGGCUCAGUACCAUUGGAAGAGCACAACAACAAGAGCUUGAUUCCGGUAAAAUUGAUGUCGGCAUACCUUUCAGAACCAGGAUGGUUGAGGAUACACCCAGGCACAGAGUGUACAAGACGGAUGUAGUUGGGUGUGGAGUUAAUUUCGUAAACAAGACUAUAUUUAUCACGCUAAAUGGAGUUUUGGCCAAAGUAAUUGGUGAAAAAGAAAUCACAUCGACUCAUGGAGGAUCAAAUGAUUUGUUUGAAGUCCCAAAUUCGCAUGAUCCAACUAUCGAAAUAUAUCCGAUGCUUGGAUUCAAGUUGAAUGAAUUGGAGAGGGUAUUGUCAGUUGAUUCCGUCAGUACUGCCAAAAUCACCACAAAUUUUGGAUUCAAGGAGUUUAAGUUCAAUAUAAAGAGCUAUGUGAACCAUUUCAGGCGAGAAAAUCAAAAGGCAAUUUGCAUGUCGUUGCUUGAAAAGAUCCGACUGAGCCAUUCGAAGCUGAAUGAAUCAAACGAUUUGAGUGAUACAGAGACAGCAUUGUUGCAUGUCAACGAUGAUUCGCAAUUGCUAAACAAAUUGAUCAAGGGUUAUCUUGUUCAUCAAGGAUAUAUUAAAACCUUUAAUGCACUCAAUUCCGAUUUGACUACAUCAACUUCUAAUACCAUCAAUGGCAAUGAAAAUGAUGAAAAAGAUCUGAUUUUGAUUGCAAGUCACGCAAAGAACAGACAACACAUAAAAACACUCAUGCAGUCCCACCAAUUUGAUGAGGUUUUAAAAUUUCUUGAUCAACAUUAUCAUCACGAGUUUUUUGAUUCCACUUUAGGGACUGAUACCGUUUUCAAAAUUAAAUGGCUAGAUUAUAUGAUCAGUUUGAAAGUGUAUUUGGACAGGCGGUUAAAACUACAUGACAAUUUUGAAUUUGAGUUCAAAGAAAGUGAGCAAGAAAUGUUGCGAAAGAUAAUCACAAAAAGGAAUUCACUAUUGGAAGAGUACAAAUCGGAACACUUGCAGGAUAAAGUCAGUCAACUAUCACCUUUACUAAUAGUUCGUCUGAAGCAAGAUCUUGAUAAAUUACCUAAAGUGAAAAAGAUAAUUGGAAACCAUGCCUUGCAUUUCCAAAAGACCUUAGCAUCGGUAAACGCUGUUAUUUUGAAGAGUGCCGGGUUCACGAAUACUUCGAGUCUUGAAAGGAUAUUCAAUCAGGUGGAACAAAAUGUAACUUCAUUGAUUCGGCUAGAUCGCGAUGACAAAUUCAAGUUGGUAAACUUGGAGGCAGACUACAUGGGCCAGAAUAGCUGA